AUGCCGAGAGGCGGCGGAGAAAUCGUCCUAGAGAAGGUUCAAAACUCGGCAAGCAGCCUUCCGGUGUACACACUCACCCUGUGUCGCUCCAAGGCCCUUAACGCGUUGUCGUUGGAAAUGCUGCAGCAAAUGUUUCAGUUCUUUCAGCAGAGGCAGAAUGAGAAAGGCCUCGUCAUCCUUCGAGGGGAGGGUCCCCGAGCCUUUUGCGCGGGCGGAGAUGUGCGCGCCGUUGCUGAAGGGGGGGAGGCAGCCGCCGUGGCCUUUUUCAUGCAAGAAUACGCGCUGGACUUACUUCUUGCCGAAGAAAGGGGCCUUUCAGUGGUCGCCCUAUGGAACGGCAUCGUCUUUGGCGGGGGGGUUGGCAUCACAGUCCACGGAGGCCUCCGCGUUUGCACAGAACGCACGCAAUUUGCAAUGCCAGAAGUGCAUAUUGGCCUUUUUCCGGAUGUAGGCAUGACGCAGGCCUUUGCCGAGCUGCAUCCUAAAGGGCUAGGUCUCUAUCUUGCGCUCACGGGAGACCGUCUCACGGCAGGGGACCUCUUGGAUACAGGACUCGCCACUCAUUUUCUUCCUUCCGCAAAGCUUGGGGAGGCGAUAACUCUCUUACGGCAGGGGCCCCCUUCGGAUGUGGAGCCUAAGGCUUGGGCAUCCGAACGCCUGACAGCAUUGAGUGUUUCUCCGGAAAGCUGCCCGGCUGGUUUUCUGGCGAGGCCUCUUGAAUGCAGCCGACUGCUCACAGCGUCGUUUCUCUCCUUCCUUGAGGCCUACUUUGCGAAUCCUGCGUCCUUAGAGAGUUUGAUGGCCGCGCUCGAAGAAGGAUCGGACACUUGCGCCUUGUGCCGAAAGGCGCUUGAAAAACUACGGCGCGCGUGCCCACUUUCUCUCGUUGUCACGUACAAAGCUCUUCGCGCGAGAGAAGCUGCAACAGAAGCCGCGACAAAAGCUGCAGCAGCGGCGGCAGCAACAGCAACAAGACCACCCACGGCAGGGGUGCUCGUGGAAACGCCAGAUCCAGGCUGUCCUCAAGAAACAUCAAGGGCCUCCCUCUCCUCGAUGAGGCAGCCGCAGCACGAGAAACUCCCGCUGCAGCGGCUGCAACUGCUGCGGGAGGCCUUAAAUAUUGAACUGAACCUAAUGUGUAAUAUGAUGGCAGCUGCCCAUAGUUGGAACUUCAAGGAGGGCGUUAGAGCCCUCCUUAUCGACAAAGAUAAGAAGCCAAAGUGGGAGCCUAGCAGUGUUGCUGCUGUGAGUCCGGCGGUAGUGUCCAGCCUCUUCGAAUCGAAGCCUUUCAGAAGAGUCGCUCGGCUGUAA